AUGGGGUUUUCUGUGUUCCUAAUUGGACCUGGCUUUAUUGGUGGGGAAGUUCUCGACCUUAUCCUCAGUGAGAACAAGCAUACUAUUACCACGCUGGUUCGUGGAGAAUCGGCCGUCGCCGAUUUCGAAAAGCUGGGCGUUAAAGCUGUUAUUGGAACACUCGAUGAUUCCCAAAUCAUUACAAACCAGGUCGCCGUUAGUGACGUUGUAUUCCACACGGCGACUGCAGACCACUUGCCAUCGGUCCAAGCGGUCAUCGAUGGCGUCAAACAGCGAGAGAAGAAAGGACUGCAAACAAUCUACAUCCAUACAAGUGGUGCCAGUCUACUAGGCGACAACUCAGAAGGCAACUAUAAGAGUGACACUGUGUUUGAUGACGAAAACCCCGCUCAAAUCGACGCUCUCCCUGACUCUGCACCUCAUCGUUUGAUUGACCUGGCUAUUGUGCGCGCACGAAAGGAGCUAGCCGGUCAUUCCAAGAUGUCCAUCAUGAUCCCCCCUCUUAUCUAUGGUGUCAGUAGCCGAGAAAAGCGUUUGUCGAUUCAACUGCCUACCAUAACCCGUUAUUCUCUCAAGCACGGGUACGCGGGUCAAGUCGGUAAGGGUUUGUCGGUCUGGAGCCACGUCCACGUCAAGGAUCUCGCGCGAGCGUACGUGAUACUGCUGCACUGGAUGGAGCGUACAUCCACAGCCGAGGUUUUGCAAAACCCUUAUUUCUUCUGUGAGAAUGGUCAGGAGCUCUCGUGGGGCGAAUGCUCGGCUGAAAUUGGACGUAUUCUACAGAAAGCAGGGUGCUUUGAUGAAUCUGAACCCAAGACUAUUCCCAGUUCUAAAUUCGAUGAUAUUUUUGGGGAUUACACGCCAGUCGUGGCCGGGUCAAACUCCAGGAACCGUGCCAACAGACUCCGGAAAUUGGGCUGGGCACCCUCGGAGAAGGGAACAUUUGCUUCAUUGGCUGAAGAUGAGAUCCCUUUAAUUUUGAAGGAAGAUCGGGUGUUUGGUGGUUAUUCCAAGCCCGUCGCUUCGUGA